CCUCUCAAUCAAUUUUGCUUCUCUCUCUCUCUCUGGCUUUGCUGAUCUUAUGAUGCAGAUAAUGUAGCAGCAAAGAUGGGGAAGAGAAGAGAGAAAGACUUGAGAUCGUCCCAAACUCUACCUUCAUCACCUUCUCAUUCUUUCUCUUCCUCUUCUUCCUCAGAUUUUGAGUUCACAAUCUCUUUGUCUCCACGCAAAUCAUCCACAGCUAUAUGCCCAGCUGAUGAGCUCUUCUACAAGGGCCAGCUCUUGCCUCUGCAUCUCUCCCCUCGUAUUUCCAUGGUCCGCACAAUACUCUUAGCCUCUUCAAGCACUUCCUCCUCUUCAGAUACCACUACCACUGCCUCUCGCGACUCUACCGGCAGCUCCAAUGAAUCCACCUCCUCCUUCAGUAGUGAUCUUGUCUUGCUCGGAGAAUGUGACUCUUCAAGACCCAGUUCUGUCACCGAAGACGAUGAGUUCAAGCGGCUUAACAACGUUUACCCUCAUUUUCAAAGCCACGUUAAUUUGAGUUCUCAGAUCAAAAAGAGCAAUAAAUACUUCUCCUUGUCGAGAUUCUCCUCUGUGUUCAAGAAAGAGCCCAAAAACCGUGAAAACGAUGCGGUGUCUGGUUCUUCAGUAAAGAGAAUGAGCGCGACAGCAAAGGAGGUGAUAAGGAAGUACUUGAAGAAAGUGAAGCCAUUAUACGAGAAACUUUCUCAGAAACAACAGCAAAAAAUGGCAGGAGUAAAUCCAAUGCCAGCAGCACCUAUAAGCAGCGUCUCAUUCUCCAUCAAAUCAGAAAGAUCUGAUGACUCUGUCAAGAACGCAAACAAAGAAAGCAACCGAGGAUUUUCUCACUCUUUCUCAGGAAAUCUGAGGUACCCAAGAAGGAGAAGCUGCGUUUCAAGCUGCCCAUCAUCCAUGAGGUCAUCACCCAGCCACUCUGGCGUGCUAUGUAGAAAUGGGUUCGCAGGCUCAGGCACAGGCAGCAGAGUUGGCAUGUACUACGCAGAUAAUUCAUCAAUGGAAGAAUUGCAGAGUGCCAUUCAAGGUGCAAUCGCUCACUGCAAGAACUCCAUGAUGCAAAGCAAGACUAUGAUGAGUAAUGAAAUCUAAUUAAAUAUUGUUAAUUAAUGUUUAAGAUUUAACUGAAGAAAUUAAGCUAAAUUUAAUUCAAUCAGUUCUAGUGACAUGCAUGUGGAGCAGUAAUUAAUUGUGCUUUUACAAGGUCGAUAAUAGUGCUGUUUAACUAAUAACUUGUUUCCAGAUUCCAGUAUUAUUUUAAGCUUCAAUAUGUCAAUUUCUAGUUUGUUUUCUGUGUGUGAGCUUGAUGCAUUAUAUAAACUUGAAGAAAUUGUGGGGUGGAACCUGGGGGUCUUGCUUUUUGUGCUUGGUGAUUUAUGUUGCUUUGUUUUGGAAAUGGGGAUGCACCUACUCUCAUUUUAGACUUUUUUUUUUUUUUUUUGGGUUGGGUUUUAUGAUGAGGCGGAGUUUUAUAUGAUUUUGUCGUUUAAGAAAGAAGAAUUAUUUGUGGGUCCAUGUGCUGAAGAGUAAAUGAAGGUUCAGGCUCGCUCUCUGGAAUCUCUGAUACGGGAUAGGACGGUGUAUUUAUUAAAAGAAAAAUAUUGCGACUAGUAUUAUAAGAAGCAGCGUUGCAGUUUCUCUUUGCCACCUUUUCAAA